AUAACAAGCCGAGUGAGAGAUCUCUUGCAGGCGAACAACCUCGGUCAGAAAUUAUUUGGCGAGGCAGUGCUGGAGUUGUCGCAAGGAUCGGUGAGUGAGUUGCUUUCAAAACCAAAGCCCUGGCUCCUCUUGAGUCUGAAGGGCAGGGAACCCUUCAUAAAGAUGAACGCCUGGCUGAACGAUCCUCACGGAGUAGAGAAGUUGAAAAAUUUUCAAACCGUCAACAAUGCGGCCGGUGGG